GAGAGAGAGAGAGAGAGAGUAAGGUUUGCUUAGCACAAUGAAAUGCAAAGUACUGCUACUGACUUUCUUCAUCAUCAUUAUAAGCUUCAAUCUCUCAGAGGCUCAAAUGGUUCCAGCCAUUUAUGUGUUUGGAGACUCAUUGGUAGAUGUGGGAAACAACAAUUACCUCAAGCUCUCUCUUGCCAAGGCCGAUCUCCCUCACUAUGGCAUCGACUUUCCUAACCAAAAAGCAAAUGGGAGAUUCACUAAUGGCAUGAAUGCUGCAGAUUUUCUUGCUGAGAAACUAGGAUUGCCAACUUCACCACCAUACUUUUCUCUAGUAGAUGAUUCAAACAACAAUAAUAACGUUUCGUUUCUAAACGGUGUUAGCUUCGCUUCUGGAGGUGCCAGAAUUUUGGAUGGCACCGACCCAUAUGUGUUCCAGUCAAUACAUUUAACACAACAAAUAGACUACUUCUCGACCGUGUAUGAAGACCUGUACAAACAGCUAGGAUCCUCUGGUAUAAAAAAUCAUUUAUCAAAAUCUAUUUUUGCCGUUGUGAUUGGAAGCAACGACAUCCUUGGCUACUUCAGGUCGUCCGAUCUCCAAAACAAGACUACCCCACAUCAGUACGUGGAUUCAAUGGUCCUUUCACUGAAAGAUAAAUUAAAGCGAUUAUACAGUUUUGGUGCACGUAAAUUUGUGAUUGUUGGAAUUGGGACAAUUGGAUGCUGCCCAGCAAGGAGGACGGAGACCAAAAAUGAAGAAUGCCGCGAAGAAAUAAACUUCUGGUCUAUUAAGUACAAUAAAGGCCUUAUUUCAAUGUUGCAGGAACUGAAGUCUGAUCUUAAAGACAUACACUACUCCUACUUUGACACUUACAAAAUCUUGCUUGACUUCAUUCAGAGACCAGCUACAUAUGGAUUUGUAGAGGUUAAAGCUGCUUGUUGUGGGCUGGGGACCCUUAAUGCUGAGAUUUUUUGUCUGCCAAUUGCAGCCUAUUGCUCCAACAGAAGUGACUACAUCUUCUUUGAUCGAGUCCAUCCUACAGAGGCAGCUCAUCGCAUUUUUGUGAAUAAUAUAUUUGAUGGUUCUUUGCAAUACACAUUUCCAAUAAACGUGAAGCAGCUAGUAGCUAUUUAAGCUCACCAAUAAAGACAACCCCUAUAUUUGUAAGAUGUUACCUCCUAAUGAUUGUGCCCCUUUUAGAAGGUCUAAACAUUAAAAAGCAAUACAAAAUUUUUUCAUCUAUGGUUAGGAUUAGUAGUGAUUGACUUUUAGCGAAGGGACUUAGGUUUUAGUAUAUAUGCAUCAAGAUAGUUGACCAUAAAAAUAAGCUCUCCCAAACUAAUGCAAGAA